CGGUGUGUUUUUCCUAGUGGUAACAUGUGUCUAAGCUCCAAUUAAACGUGGCACUUUCAACAGUUUUGUCUCUCUCAAACUCAAAGACCCUUUCUCCAUAUCUCUGUAUACAUAAAAUAUACACUCAUUCUACACAAAUUCAAACUCUUUAUAUACACAUUUCCCCCCAUUUUAAUCGGUGAUAUACUAUAUCCCUUUUUUUUUAAAAAAUAAAAAUAAAAUUAUUCUUAAUGGGGACUUUCAUCUGAAUUUUGAGCCUUAGUAGAAGUUGGUAGCUGCACCUCUUUUCGAUCGUGAUGACACCGGUAGUUGUGAGCAGAAACGACGAGCAAGUAGUGCCACGGGGAUACAAAAUGUGACUUGUUGUAUGAUGGUCGGUGGAGUGCCCUGACUUGGUGUGCGCCUUGUAAUGAGCAACCUUUGUUAUAUCAUAGCAUAGUCACCUAUGAGAGCAUCUAUCAUGGCGGUGUCGUCAACGAAGAAAAAGAGUGUCUUUGUUGACAGGGCAACAUGUGGAGUAAAGGUGAAGCAGAUUGCUUUUAUGGGGAUUAUAUGUACAAUUAUGUUUUUGAUUGUGUAUAGGACCACUAACUAUCAGUAUCGACAAACGGAGAUGGAGUCGAAAUCGGAUCCAUUUUAUUCUUCGAAGGAUUCUGAUGUAGAUAUUACAAGUUUCAACAGUUUGCCUCGUGGUAUUAUCCACGCGAGUUCGGAUCUAGAGUUAAAGCCUCUUUGGUCUACAAGUAAUUCAAAGUCCAAGGAUAGUGUUUCUAGUUCUCGUAACCUGUUGGCAAUGGCAGUUGGUAUUAAACAAAAGAAGAAUGUCGAUACUCUUGUCCAAAAGUUUCUUUCAGAGAAUUUUACAAUCAUCUUGUUUCACUAUGAUGGACAUGUUGAUGGCUGGUGGGACCUCAAAUGGAGUAAAGAAGCCGUUCAUAUUGUUGCAAACAACCAAACUAAAUGGUGGUUUGCAAAACGGUUCUUACAUCCUGCUGCUGUUUCCAUAUACGAUUACAUUUUCCUUUGGGAUGAAGAUUUGGGCGUGAAGAAUUUCCAUCCUGGAAGGUACCUCAAAAUCGUUAAAUCAGAAGGACUUGAAAUUUCCCAGCCAGCCUUGGACCGGAACUCAACUGAAAUACAUCAUAGACUCACAAUAAGAAGCAAGAGAAAAAGGUUCCACAGACGAGUGUAUGAUAGCAGAGGUAGUACAAAAUGCUCAGGUGAAAGUGAAGGUCCUCCAUGCAGUGGAUUUGUGGAAGGGAUGGCUCCAGUCUUUUCAAUAUCUGCUUGGGUGUGUGCUUGGCAUCUUAUACAGAAUGAUCUCGUUCAUGGAUGGGGAAUGGACAUGAAAUUUGGUUAUUGUGCACAGGGAGACCGAAACAAAAAAGUCGGAGUAGUUGAUAGUGAAUAUAUCGUCCACCAGGGCAUUCAAACAUUAGGAGGGCCAUCUCUGAAGAAGCCUUCAAAUCUUGAAGAGUCUACGAAGAGACACGUUGUUGACGUGCGAUCAGAGAUUCGACGACAGUCUAUGUAUGAGCUACAAAUAUUUAAGGAACGGUGGGAACGAGCUGUGGAGGAAGACAAGAACUGGGUGGUGGAUCAAGUUAAAGCAAUUAGACGAAGACGUAAACGACGGCGCAAACAAAUACCAAAAUCACAGGUUAAGCUAAGGUAACGUUGUUUUAGCGAUAAUCAGAGAUACGUACUAUGUCUUGAUCAAAGAUUAUAAUACGAGGCUAUACACUGAACCCUGAGUGUAUGUCAAUAUUUUUCACCGUGUCAUUUCCGACUCCCACGACCACGCAGUUGCAAGGGAACUUGUAAAUUGUUACUGUAUAGGCCUAUUGAAUUUCCAUAUAAUUAGUUCAUUGUUUUGAUGGUUGUGGCAACUCCAUUUUUUGCCUAAACGAUUUUCGUUACCGAUUCUUGUAGUACUUUUCGGGGGAUUAGCUGAGUCCCCAGAAUUGAGAUGUAUAUUUAUUUGCCAGGUUACAAGUAUUGAACACUUGUGUCCAUUUACGUAUAGGGAAAAAACUUACUCGCACAUGGUUAGGUUCGAACCCGUGUACAUAACAAGGGUUCAAACUGUGUUGUUUCUAUAUACUAGAAGACUAGACACAUGUGCCUGCUAGCACAAAUUCAAUAUUAUUUCUUUCUUUAUCUUAA